AUGGACACCAAGAUCAGCUAUCACUCUCUUGAUGACCCAGAUCGCUCUUUCAGGCUGAUCAAACUCCAGCCGUCAAAGGACAGUGAAACUGCUGCCUCAGACAACCUUAUUUGCGACAUUGAGGAGCAUGUUCGUGGCGACUGUCCACCCUAUACCGCUCUGUCAUACGUUUGGGCUACACCAGAGAGCAAACAUAAAUGUGUAAUAGCGAAUGGAAACAAGGUCCAAAUCAGCCAAACCGUCGAAAACGCGCUCCGUCGACUGCGUUUCCGCCAAAAACCCCGAUGGCUAUGGGUGGAUCAGCUGUGCAUCAAUCAGGUUGAUGAGAAUGAGAAGAGCCACCAAGUUCACCAGAUGCACAGCAUUUACAGUGAUGCAGACCAAGUCAUUUCCUGGCUUGGAACUGGAGACGAAAAAAGUGAUCUCAUCUGUCGUCUGAUGCGAGACACGGGUCGGGCUCUCCGCCAAAGAGACAUGGAUGCUUUGAAGAAGCUGUACGGAGAAGAAGGCUCCGUGGACCUAGUUGCUGCCAAAGAAGCAUUUCAUGCCUUCUGUGAGCGGAGAUAUUGGACACGGCUCUGGGUCAUACAAGAGUUCGCCGUCGGUCGACGCGUCGCUGUA